AUGGGUCUUGAGGUCAAAAUUACAUUAUUACCCUUGCUUCUUCUAAUAGCCACCAUCUCCUCCACCACCUCCGCCACCUUCAACAUCACCGAGAUCCUCUCAAAGUACCCGGACUUCUCUUCCUUCAAUGACCUCCUCUCCGUCACCGGCGUCGCCGAUCAAAUCAACUCCCGCCAAUCCAUAACCAUCCUAGCCGUCGAUGACUCCGGCAUUGACGCAGUCUCCGGCCGCCCUGUCGACGUCGUCAAACGCAUUCUCUCCGUCCAUGUAAUCCUCGACUACUUCGACGCCGCCAAGCUCGAGAAACUUUCCGGCAAAACCACUAUCCUCACCACUCUUUUUCAAUCCAGCGGCAUUGCCGCCAACAAAGCCGGCUUCCUCAACGUCACCGACAUGGAAGACGAGCUCGUCAGCUUCGGCUCCGCCGUCCCCGGCGCCGGAAUUGGUGCCAAUCUCGUCAAAGAAGUCUUCACCAAACCUUAUGACCUUUCCAUUCUUCAAGUCAGUGACAUCAUCGUCCCUCCCGGCAUCGAAAACCUCCAAUCUUCUUCUCCGACCAACUCUCCGGCCACUCCUCCUCCCAACUCCGCCACCACCACCACCACCACGACCACCACCACCGCAUCUCCACCCACCAAUGCACCAUCAUCCAAGAUAGGAACCACCACCACCACCACCGCACCUCCACCUACCAAUGCACCACCACCGAAGACGGCGACCACCACCACAACCACCGCCUCCGCCGCCGCAUCUCCACCGGCCAAUGCACCGCCACCAAAGACCGGAACCACCACCACCACUGCUGCACCGACCAAGUCUAGCAGCCCGGCAGCUGCACCGACAAAGUCGACAUCAGGAACUCCAUCAUCCAAAUCUGCUCCGGCGCCAACAAAAACAUCUCCGGCACCGGCGAAGUCUGCCGCUGCACCCACCACCACCACCUCACCGGCGCCAUCCUCCGGCGACAGUACUGCAUUGACUCCUUCUAGCAACACUGCUGCAUCACCAACAAGUGAAGCUACAUCUCCGACCACCACCGACAUUGCCGGUGGGCCCACUUUUGAGGCAAGUUCACCUGGCCCUGCCACUGAUAAUUCCGGCGCCGCCCGGAUGGUGGCCGGAGCAAGCUUAGCUGUAGCUAUGACCUUCUUUGCUGCAUUCUGA